UCGGGUCCUGCCCUGCCUCUCCUCCCACUGCUCCCCCCCCCCCCCGGCCCCCGCACACCCACACUGAACUUGCAUGACGCCAGGCCCAACUUGAAGGCCACCUCUUCUAGGGAGCCUUCCUAGGUUAAGCCUCAGAGGAGCACUUGCCACUUCCUAUUGAUAAGUACAUUUGUGGAUCCCCACCACCACCUCCUCCAGCCCACUGUGUGCCCCCCUGGCACCAGCACCCAGCUUGGGGUCUGGCACAGGCGGGAGGCUCUGGAGUCCAGGAAGGAGGCCAGCAGGAGGCAGAAAAGCCCCCGGGGCAUUCAGACCUGAGGUGACCAGGCCCUGCAGGAGGCAGAGAGGGAGGAGGGAGGAAGGGCAGGACUGAGGGGCCUUCCAGGGGAUAGGAGGACAGGGAGUGGGCCAAGCUGUCUCUCCAACCUCGGGCCUGGGAGGGACAUGAAUGGAACUUAUUGCUGAGCGCUCACUGUGGCCAGGCACUAGGCCCCGGCCUUGGCAUAAUGGUGGUGCCAGUGACAGAGGCCCGAAGCUCAGCAGUAAGGCCAAGAGCUACUGGAACCCCAGCAGCCCGGUGCCAUGGGGCCCACCUUAUGUCCUAUCGCCACCUUCAGAGCGACCUGCAGCAGGCAGAUAGGGGCCCCGUCCCUGCACCCCGCCGCCCACAGCCGGAAGGGGGGGCCUGGGCGAGCUCGCAGGAGCAGCCCCCGGCUUGGGGCGCGGGACCUCCGCGGUGCGGACCGCCGGCCGGCGUAAGGACCUUCCGCCGCUGCAGGAGCCCCGGCCCGACCCCCGCCCAGCGCGCAGGAAGUGCCCGCUCGGCCUCAGUUAGAGCAGAGGAAACGGGGAGGGGGGAGGAGAGAGGUCGUGGACGGGGAGCAGAUGGCGGAGGGAGCUGGGGUUCCUGUCAUGUGACCCACCGGUCCCCCGGCUCUCUCACGGCCCCGCCUGCCGUGGCGGGAGCCUUUGGAGGAGGGGGCUCCUCCGGGGACUUGGUCUCUUGGUCCCCAGACCCAGGCCUGGGGCUGGACUGCGAGAAGGCAGGCAGAGGGGUCCUGGCACGUCCAAGCCCGGCGCUGCAGGAUGCUGAUCCUGGGAGCUGUGAGGGCUUGAGACAGGAGCUUCUUCCGGAAGAGCGAAUUGGCAGGUGCAGAGGGAGAAUUCUCCCCAGGGGUACCCGGAAGGCCUGCGCCGCAGGUGGCAGGCCAAGACCUUGAGGCUCACCCACCUGGCCUCCCACGUCCCUCCUGGGAGCUGGGGUCGCAGCCCGGCACCCCCAGCCUCAACCCUUGGCCG